GCCGCCGCCGGGGGAGCCGGGCACGCCGCAGGCGCCGCGCGGCGAUGCGGGGCCGCGGCGGCGCCGAGCCCUGACUAAAGAUGGCCGCGCUGCCCGGUGGGAACAUGGCGGGGGGCGGCCGGGGGGCGCGGGUGGUGCUGCUGCUGCUGCUCGGCGGCUGCCUGGGCCGGCGGCCCCCGGCCGCCGCCGCCGCCGCGCCGCCCGCCGCCGUCGUCCCCCCGCCCUCGGCGGCGGCGGCGGCGGCGGAGGAGACGGUGAUCAUCGGCCUGCGGCUGGAGGACACGGACGACGUCUCCUUCAUGGAGGGGGGCGCGCUGCGGGUGAGCGAGCGGACGCGGGUGAAGCUGCGGGUCUACGGGCAGAACAUCAACAACGAGACCUGGUCGCGCAUCGCCUUCACGGAGCACGAGCGGCGGCGGGGCGGGCGGGCGGCGGCGGGGGCGGCGGGGCGCGGCGGCGGCGGGGGCGGCGGCGGGGCGGCGGGCGGCGGCGGCGGCGCCCCGCAGCGCUGCGGCAUCCGCACCUCGGACAUCAUCAUCCUGCCGCACAUCGUGCUCAACCGCCGCACCUCGGGCAUCAUCGAGAUCGAGAUCAAGCCCCUGCGCAAGACGGAGAAGAGCAAGUCCUACUACCUGUGCACCUCCGUCUCGGCCCCCGCCGCCGCCGCCCUGGGGCCCGGGGCCGCCGGGGGGCUGGCGGGCGCCGAGGGGCCGGCCGGGCCCCCGCCCUGGGGCGAGACCACCUGGAUCUACCACGACGGCGAGGACACCAAGAUGAUCGUGGGCGAGGAGAAGAAGUUCCUGCUGCCCUUCUGGCUGCAGGUCAUCUUCAUCUCGCUCCUCCUCUGCCUCUCGGGCAUGUUCAGCGGCCUCAACCUGGGCCUCAUGGCCCUGGACCCCAUGGAGCUGCGCAUCGUGCAGAACUGCGGCACGGACAAAGAGAAGAACUACGCCAAGCGCAUCGAGCCCGUGCGCCGCCAGGGCAACUACCUGCUCUGCUCCCUCCUGCUGGGCAACGUCCUGGUCAACACCACGCUUACCAUCCUGCUGGACGACAUCGCCGGCUCCGGGCUGGUGGCCGUGGUGGUCUCCACCAUCGGUAUCGUCAUCUUCGGCGAGAUCGUGCCGCAGGCCAUUUGCUCUCGGCACGGCCUGGCCGUGGGCGCCAACACCAUCUUCCUCACCAAGUUUUUCAUGAUGAUGACCUUCCCGGCCUCCUACCCUGUCAGCAAACUGCUGGACUGUGUCCUGGGCCAGGAGAUCGGCACGGUCUAUAACCGUGAGAAGUUGCUGGAGAUGCUGCGCGUCACCGACCCUUAUAACGACCUAGUCAAGGAGGAGCUCAACAUUAUCCAGGGAGCCCUGGAGCUGCGCACCAAGACCGUGGAGGACGUGAUGACUCCCCUCCGAGACUGCUUCAUGAUCGCUGCCGAGGCUGUGCUCGACUUCAACACUAUGUCUGAGAUCAUGGAGAGCGGUUAUACCCGCAUCCCCGUUUUCGAGGGUGACCGCUCCAACAUCGUGGACCUGCUCUUCGUUAAGGACCUGGCUUUUGUGGACCCCGAUGACUGCACUCCGCUCAAGACCAUCACCCGCUUCUACAACCAUCCGCUGCACUUUGUCUUCAAUGACACCAAGCUCGAUGCCAUGCUGGAGGAGUUCAAGAAAGGCAAGUCUCACCUGGCUAUAGUACAAAGAGUAAACAAUGAAGGAGAAGGGGAUCCUUUUUAUGAAGUCCUGGGAAUUGUCACUUUAGAAGAUGUGAUUGAAGAGAUCAUCAAGUCUGAAAUUCUGGAUGAAACAGAUCUAUACACUGAUAACAAGACGAAAAAGAAAGUAGCUCAUCGGGACAGGAAGCAGGACUUCUCUGCCUUCAAGCAGACAGACAGCGAGAUGAAGGUUAAAAUAUCACCGCAGCUCCUCCUGGCAAUGCACCGGUUCCUGGCAACAGAAGUAGAAGCAUUUGGUCCAUCCCAGAUGUCAGAGAAGAUCCUUCUCAGGCUGCUAAAACAUCCCAACGUCAUCCAGGAGCUGAAAUACGACGAGAAGAACAAGAAAGCCCCAGAACACUACCUCUACCAGCGAAACAAGCCUGUCGACUACUUUGUUCUCAUUUUACAGGGGAAAGUGGAAGUGGAGGCUGGGAAAGAGGGGAUGAAGUUUGAAGCUGGUGCUUUUUCCUACUAUGGGGUGAUGGCCCUCACAGCAUCGCCAGUUCCCUUGUCCCUGUCUCGUACCUUUGUUGUCAGCAGAACAGAGUUGUUAGCAGCAGGUUCUCCAGCCGAAAACAAGUCUCCACCUCGGCCCUGCGGCUUGAAUCACUCAGACUCUUUAAACCGAAGUGAUCGCAUUGAUGCAGUGACACCAACGUUAGGAAGCAGCAACAACCAGCUGAAUGCAUCUUUCCUCCAAGUGUAUGUUCCGGACUACUCAGUGAAAGCACUCACAGACAUUCAGUUUGUCAAGAUCUCAAGACAGCAGUACCAAAAUGCCCUGAUGGCAUCCCGGAUGGACAAAACACCUCAGUCCUCGGACAGUGAAAACACUAAAAUCGAACUGACUCUUACGGAGCUGCAUGACGGUUUGCCGGACGAGACAGCAAACCUGCUGAACGAACAGAACUGUGUGACUCACAACAAGCCCAACCACAGUAUGCACAGUGAAGGAGCCAUCUAGGAGCUGACUCCCCACAACCCACCCAUCCCAUCUCCUCAGCAGGACCAGCCCUUGCUCCUUCCUGCCUCCUCCCCGAGUGUGAACACCGUUAAUAUGUGCUUGCAACACUGUGCUGCAUCCAGUGUUCUGAGACCAAAGACUUUUGCGUCCGUUCUGGGAGCAGAAGAGGAAGAAACAGGAAGAAAGGAGCAAAGAGCAAGAGAGACUAAAGCCCCAAGCGUACUUUGGGAAUGGUGAGCCACCCUUGAGAACGAUGAAAAUACUUCUUGCAAAGUAGAAUCAUGUUUAUUUUUUAUCUGUAUUUUUGAUCCUUGUUGGGUUUUUCCUCCUCAAACACAUAUGGAGAAGUUUUAAAGCUCCUCCAGUUAUUUUUUCAAGAGAGAUCAUGUUUUUAAAAAGUAUUUUGCAGAGUUUUAAAUUGUUUCUGUCCCUCCCUAACCUCAAAUGGGCUCUGUCGUGGUUUUGUGAAUUUGGCUCCAAUGUCCUUAGGCCUCUUUUCACCUCUCUCUGGUCCUUUUUGUUGCCCUGUUGAAGAAAUCAGUAACUGGUACUUGUAUGUUAUUUGUGUCCUAAGAAUGAGCAAGCUUCAAGGAACCUCUGGUUUCAGCCACCUGGAGGGCCAAGGGAUGAGUAUUAUUACAUUCUUCCAGUUAGUUUCAGGGAAGGUGUGGUUACUUUCAUAUUUAAUGAUCUCUCAAAUUUCAGAAGGUUUCUUUGUAAAACAGGCAAAAGCAUUGUUACACUUACAGUUUUGUAACCUCCAAAAACUUUGUGUAUGUUGAAGAUGAUACUGGGGGGGAAGGAGUUAAUUAGCACAACUGCAGUCUCGUGAGAUGAAAGCCAGGUGUAAUUUUCCCUGGUGAAGUAACUGGAUGAUUUUUCAUUGAUGUUCUUGACAAUGGCAUGGUGAAGUAAUGUGCGCACCCCAAAAUGACAAGCUCUUAAGCACUAAUGUGCUGUAGCGGUCUGCACAUCAUUAGCUUGGCCAGAGCAGAUGUGCAGUCUUUGCUAAAUAACGGAGAACAUCAGUCCCCGUCCCCCCCUUCAAUCUCUAGUAUUAACACAAAAGAUGCUGCUACAAUUACGCCCAAAGUACGUCCUCCAGGUGACAGUAAACCUCUGCCAGUGCAAGGAUGGACUCCGCUGAGGAGCCGGGACCAUCCUCUCCAAGAACAGACAAAACUUUCCGGACGCGAGUGUAUUGCACUUCAGGGAUUCGGAGAGGUUCGUUUCCAUGCUGUUCCCAGCCACAUUCCUUCCUUUGAGUGGAUUUAGCGCGUUUACUUCUCUCUUGCCCCGUUUAACAGCCAUUUUAGGGAUUACCAUGGUAGCUAAGCAGAGAGCCUCCCACCCAGCUGCCACUAGUGCAGGGCACCCUGUGUUGGGCAGCAGAAACCAAUUCCUCCACCCCAAAAACCUGAAUGCAGACUGGGUGCAAGCAAGAGGCACACAGUGGCAGUUGUGCAUCACACAUUUCCCCACUCCCACAGAUGGAGUCUUAAGUCCUCAAAUGAAAAAAAAGUCGUGUGUCCCCCCCUUCCCUGAUCCUCUCUCCUUCCAGUGCUGUCUCAAACAAAAUGUGAACGUUGCCCUCAGUAUCUUGAGUGAUUAAUAAAUCAGGCAUUGCGGUUCUCUCUGUUUCAAGGUCCUUCCAUGGCCCCUGGCUAUGUAGCAUUUCCCUUCCUUUCCUUACACCCAGAUAAUCUCAUCUGACCCUCAGAGAAGCCCCCAGCCCCACAUGCAGCUGCCAGAGCUCUCUGUGCCUGCAUGCCUGCCCUGUCUCUCCUGCUCGCUGGCUGGGGAAGGCACUUGCCGCAAGUUCCCGCGGUCCGUCUUUGCGAAUGGUGGCUGGAAAGGUGCAAUAUUUUGCUGCAGGAUCUCCCUGCAAGAAAUUGGAGUGUGUGGUGUCAGAGCCGAUUGGGUCUGCGUGUAUCUCCUCCUCUCUCUUUCGGCUUCAGAAAGCACCCCGAAUUUUUGCUGUCCUCCCUGAUGGGAAAGGUGCACUUUUUCCUUGGAGCAACCCAUGAGGAUGAAGUCCCCACAAGGGGGCAUAGAAAUUGCACAGUAUCUAACUUGUGCAGCCAGGGAGGAGGAAACGGGGCCCCCAAAACCUUACUCUUACAUUUAGCUUUUUAUGAACUUUCUUUGAGUCCCAUCUAAAAGCGUUUCCUUAGUCUCCAUCCUCGCUCUGAUGCGCACCAGCCCGCCACCACUGAGAGCACACGGCUCAGCAUUGGCACAGGCUGACUUAAGCCCUGCUUGCUCCCGGAGAGCUGCCAAUAUUGCACCUUUCUCGCAAAGCAAAAUGUUGAGAUGUUACAGUGUUUGUCCUCGGCGAGGGACUCGCCUUGCCAGUUUUUAUCUAGCGUUGCUGAAUGUAAAAGUUUGUCGGAAGUGUUUGACACGGUGGUGAACUUGAGAUGCAGUAUCCGUUUUGUCAAACCUGCCGAAGGAGGGGAGGCUCAAGUCAAGGCAGCUCUCUCUCUGGGACGAGGUUGCUUGCUGGAUCUGACUUCUGCUUCUUAUGGCAGGUUAUGGAUUUGUUUGUGUCUGUUUCCCUUUUAAAAAAAAAAAAAAAAAAAAAAAAAGCAAAAAAAAAAAAAGCCAAUUUUUCCAACCAAAGCCAUGUGAUCCCAAAGCAAAUACCUCCUGCUUCUGCCCAUGCUGCACUGUUCCAAAAUUUCCAGGCGAUUUUUUGCAUGACUGUUUUUCAUCACUUGUACAGAUCCAAUAAUGGAAAGUGAAAUAAUUUCCAUAAAAAUAGUUGAUUAUAGAUGUGUUUCAUAUGGAAAAUAUGUACCUGACCCAGAGGGGUUAGGAGCUGCUACUACUAAUUAGCUUGAAGAACAAAGCAUGGUCCUCUCCCCGGAGGGGAAGAAAUCCAGUCUCCCUGUUCUCAGGGUAUUUACAGUUUUACUGUUUAACAAAUGCAAGGGGUUCCCAGCCUUCGUGGUGGGAACCAUCACAAGCAGAGGAGCCCAGUGCCCAGCUCAGGAUCACUUCUGAGCCUCUGGACAGCGUUUGCCGGCGCCGGGGCUUGGCUCUCCCAACUGCAGUGGAGAUGCCAUGGCGUCUGAGUCUGCCCUUGCAGCGAGUGUCCUGCCAGAGCAGGUCUGCUUUCUCUGCCUCGCUGGCUGCUCGCCUGCAUUCAGGUGGGCCCAGAUGCCAGGUGCCGUGCCGUCAGUGCCAUAAGGACGUGUGGCGCGGGACACCAGCUGGUGGCUUUGGGAAUCGUUGGACUUGACCUCAGACCUCGGCAAGGCUUUGACUCGUAGAAAGGAUACUGCAUCUUCCUAUGUCAGCUCCUACUGCCGCCUUUGUUCCCCUCAUCCAUCUGCCUCUGGGUGCAGGCAGAGGGGUGGACGAUGGCCUGUUGGCCAGGGGAGGCUGGGAGGGCAUCUAGCCAUGGUUUCUACUGUCAAUACAAUUUUGCACAAGAGUUCUUUGAAGUGAGGUUUUCAACACUAAUAUCUUAAAUGCACAACUGUGAAUUAUAACUUUUACACUCCUGUUGGUUGAAUUUCCUUUAAAUGAAAUGAACCUGAAUCUGUUGUAACUAUGAUUUAUUUUUUUUUUAAUUCUGUGUAUUGCCAAAUCUUUGUAAAGAGUGAAGGUAUGUUCUUGCUUUCCAAUGAGAAUCUUUCUCCAAACGAGACUGACUCUGGUGACGUGGAGAUCAUACGAAGCACGCUAGUUCUGAGUGGAGAGGGGCUCAGGGUGGGCUUAGCAACCAACCUCGGCCUCUCUGUAGACCCCAAGCUCAGACCCUCCAGAGUUUACAAAGCGCUUGUUGUUUUAUUCCCAGCUUGUCCACUCCCUGAAAUCCCUGUGCAGCUGAUGGCGGCUGCCCCAGAGGAGCUCAGGACCGGGUAUCCCGCAGAGGGAUGAGGGAUGCUGGCAGGGUGUCCAGGCUGGCCGGGGAGCAGGGGCCCCGAGGCUGGCGUGGCAGGACGAGGUGCUUCCCCCAUCCAGUUGCACCUGCAGAGUGAGCUCCACGAGGCAGGUCCUUCCACUGCUCUCCACUUCUGCUCUGAACCUGUAGUCAUGUGUCGUUCUCUCUUAUGCUCUUUGUGCCCCCACGCAUGCUCCUGCUCCAGACUGAGCAGGGACGGGAUGAUGCCGAGACCUGUGCGGGGCAGCUGGAGCUGGAGUUGACUGCUCAAGGCUUGCAGUUCUUGGGCCUCGUUGGAAGAGGGGUCAGCCACUCAUUCACAUUGUGCUCACUGUUCUGUUCCUCCUCUCUUCUCCUGGACUUACUCCCCUUUUCCUCACCACAGGGUUAUUUUUUUUGGUUUUUGUUCUUCUUUUCUUUAAGUGCCUUUUUGUGCGGGUGGAGCUGGCAAGAGUAGGAGUCUCAGGAUAUGGCCCUUUGCACUCACCUCAGACCGAGAGAAAGCUCAGGGGGACCAGGGCGAGUUGCCCGUGAUGGCCCACUGACAUCGCCUAUUGCUGCUUCUCAGUCUUUAGGGCCCAGCUCAGAUGAGGAUGGGAUUUUGGCACCGGUGGUGUCAGGCUCUGGCUCAGAUCAGCUCAAAGAAAACCAAAGAGGUUGCUUUGUGCGAGGGGCUGCUUGGGCAGCAGUGGUGCUUCCUGUGAUCUCUGCAGAGCUCAGCCGAGGGCCGUGGGGGUGUGGAUGGCAAAGAGCAGCACUGUCUCCUCACGAGCAUCCCUGUGUAAGUAUCCUGUGUGAUGGAGAACACAGCCGCGUUCUCCAGGACCCCUUGGAACAUACAUCUUCCUUGUGCUGAAAUACACUAUCUAUAGAAAUCAUUCCCACACGAAAGAUGUACCAUAUUUUAUAUGCUAUCUAAUACACACGUCUGUGGUUUUAAAACUAGUACCUGUGUACCAGUUGUCAAGUUAUCCAGUGUCUGGAUUACCAGUAGUAAACUGGGGCUGGGGGGUGGGGAAGGAUGCUGCAGAGAGUACCUCUUGUGAUGCUAACUUGACGCUUCAUCCCAAAGGUGUCUGACCAGCAUUGAGGGAUUCCUGCGUUCAUGCUGUCAUGUGCAAAGCUGGCACAAAGCAGAAAACCAGCAUGUGCUGAAAGGCUCGGUGUGAUACAGACCCAGGCUUGCUGCCCACCCUGCUGCCUGGCUCUACACUGGGGCUCUAAAUAGACCCAAAGAAGUACUUGGUCCUUGGAUACUGAGGGUUGGUUUGGCCCAACGGUGAAAUGAUGAGCUUAACUAACAUGACUGAAAGCUGGGCAUCUUUUCAUGGCAGAGGAGAGAGCAGCCUUCAUCCUGACUUGACCAGCAGAGAGGACAAGUUCUACACUACAAGCUGGGCUGGGAAGCCGCCCUCGUCCCUGCUCUGUUGUUAUACUUGGUCCAUCAGUUGCAGGUCUCUUGUCGGUGUGAUCUCUGUGGCGAUACUGGCCUCACUCCCAUGCAUCAGCAGCACAGGGGGCUUGGAGACAUCCAUGGCUUCCCGCAGAGCCCCCCAGACAGUCCUGCUCGGUGACUUGCUGUUGUCCUGGAGCCUGGCUUCAAGCUGGGUUGUGUUCCUCCGUGGUUAGUUUCACGGCUGCAUCCUUGAGGCCGUGUCCAGGCAAGGGGAUGCUGUUGCUGUGGGUCCAAGGCGGUACAGUUGAGCUUUUGGGUCUGAUUGUGCGUAUUUGUGUUUCUGUUUAGAAGCCGGAUGCUGAGCCUGGGGAGGCCAGAGCAUUCCCUAGGAGAAAGCCUGGGAUGCCAGGUUAUCCCAGGGCCCUUCCCUGAGCUGCAGGGAUAGGAAGGGGGUGCUGGAAAGCUGCCUCCAGCCCGUGGCACGGUACAGGUGCUGGAGGGAGGCAUUUCACAGAUCGGUAGUGCUGAACUCCGUCAAAGUGACAUCUUGUUGUUCUUGUUAUCCUGAGGUCAGGCUCUGUAGUGGUUCUGCACCUUGGAAAUACGGUACUGAAAGCUGCUGGUCUUCUGUCUCCAGCUGAAAAACAUCUUUCUGCUCUCUCCUGAGGUUUCUCGUUUGGGCCCUGUUUUCCUCUGAGCGGGGCCGAUCACUGGGAUCCUGCAGAGGACGGUGCCCUGGCUGUUCUCACCCCUCCAGCGCAGAUUUCUGGCUAAUGAAGUGCUUGAUGUUUAAUCCUCCCCCGAGUAGGAGAGGUUUGGCCGUUCUUGACAGAAGCUGCCUGUCAUAGAGCUGGGCUCAAGGUUUGCCAGCUGUUGUGAGCCAAACAAGUGCCUGAAACGUGCAAAGGCUGCAGGUGGCUCCGAUGCUCCACAGGUGGAUUUGAUCUUUCUGUUGUCUUCUCCUCCUGGAAGCAGUGCGGCAGUCAGUUGAUAGCAGGGUUUGUUGGGGAGGAAGGGCUUGUCCCAGUAUUUAGUGCUUGGCGGAGCAGUCUAGCGUCCUAUUUCAGCUGUUUGGAGACCGCAAAGCUUUAUAAAAGGAGGUGUGUUUUUAUCCUCUGGGCAUCACUUUUGUACCAAAUCCUUCCAAGUUGAAGUGAGAAACUUGUAAGUGUCAGAUGAGAUGAGUAGCCUGGAUCAUAGGCCUUUAGGUGGAAGUGCCAAUACUGAAUGCAUGCCUUCUGGAUUCGCCCAAAUGUCAAUGCGGGAGGGUGGAGGGGACUCCCGGUGAGCUCCUCUGUUCUCAGAAGUGACAGACUGGCCGGGCCUAGAUCAGCUCUAGCAUCAUCCCUGCUUUAAAGUCUCAGGUCCCGGCAGGCUGGGCUGGGCUGGUUUGGCCGGCGGGUUUUUACCCAGGGUACGCGCUCUGUCCUUCUGCAUCGUGCUGGCUUGAAUUCAGCAAUGUGGCUUUCUGCGGCUGCUGCUCUCGCGUCGGCCGUGGCUGUUCCUCUGCUCUUCUCGCUGCGGUUUGGUUGAGCGUUCAGGAAGGCGAGAGAAGGAGGUGCAGCAGUCAGGAGCCGGCGACGCUGUGGCCGUCCUGUCUUCAUUCCUCACACUAAGGGUGGGAGGUGCUGCUCAAGGGACUCUGCCUUCCUCGCAGACCACGUGAAAUUUGGAGAGUGGAAAUCCACCAGGACCCCAGCACCAGUGCUCCGGUCCCAUUUGAUCCAUGUUCUCACGAGCACAAGGGUGGCUUACGAGCAGUUCAGGGUCAGGCCCUGCUGAGGCACCUCAGAGCUCUUGGCGCGUGCUUUCUCCAGCACAUGUAGCUGCAGAGCCAACCUCGACACCUGAUCACAGGGCAGGUGCCCGGAUGCCAAACUCAUUGACUCUGAAAAGCCACAUACUUGAGGAGGGUUCCUGGAAGCCGUGAGCGGCUGGUGCUCAGCAGCCGGAGGUCUCACACCAAACCUUUCUCCCGCAGUCGGGUCCUUCCUGGCUGCCCUGAGCCUCCUCCCGGCCGCCGCUGGCUCGGCCUGGAUCCCCCCCUGCUCAGAAGCGUGGCGGCUCUCCCUCCGCAGUGCGUUUUCAUGGCUAUCUGAACCCGCUCAGCCACUCCGGCCGGCUCUUCCCUGUGUCUUAUUUGCCAUCAUACAUGGUCUUUGCGAAUUGUAUCAUAUUGUACAUGACUUCGGGUUUCCAGAGUUGUAGUGUUCUGACUACAGUAUUUCCAUGUGUGUAUAUAAACCUGAAUAAGCACAACUGAAAUCCUGAAUGAAGUGUAUACGUUUCAUAUACUGAUUGUCAUACAAAUGAAUUUUAUAAUUAUUCCAAUUUUGUUGUAGAUUUCCAAUCUUUCCUAUUUAUUUUGUACCAGAUUUAUUUGUAUAUUUUGUGAUUUUGUUUAAGAGCAUUUUGUUUAUUUCUAUUCUUUUUAGAUAAAUGAUGAUUUUUUUUCUGUUGAACAUUCCAGUUUAUGCAUUUUUCCCUCCUCCAUGCUCCCCCUUCAUUUCCAAGGGAUGGAUUUUGACAUGUGGGUGGUGGGGCUGAUGUUGGUGAUCCUGGACCCAGAUCUCUGCUAUUGGCACAUCAGCGGUCUUUAAUCUCCACUUCAGCUGUCAAGAGCCAUGGAGAGGCUGGAUCCUGUUCCCCUUAGAGCCAGGUCUUGCUCUUCGCUGUGGUGGGUCUGGGCCCGUAAGUCCUCGAGCCGGGGAGGUCUGUGACCAGGAGCUGGGAAGCUGGUGGCAACGGCAAGCAGCUGACUUUCUGAAGUUCCCUCAAGGGUGAGGGCCUUUUUCUUCUGCUAAUAAAAACCCCUUAUUUACAA